AUGAAGGUGGAGACGCGUCGAAUUCCCUUGCGGUCAGAGUGGUACACCGGACCUCCGGACGCAAACGACGAAGACAGCAACGAAGAAGCGGAACUCUUCAAGCUGCUGCUCACAACCAGGCACAUGUACACGUACAUGGCGGAGUACGUUUUUGAACCAAGGCGGAUACAGCGGUGGGCUUCGUUUGCGCAGCCUGGGCUCCACACGCUCAGCAAUGUCUCCACGCAGCGAGUGGAAGCGACCAACAGUGCGUUGAAGACGGCGAUGGACAGGUCGGGGAGUAUGGAUGACGUACAUGACGCCAUCGUGGGCAAGGUCCAGGACGACGCCAACAAAAGCUUAAGGCAAACCGCUGGGGGCGCGGUCUAACGCGUGCGCCAACCGACUGCCACGCCCUUUGAAAGAGUGAAGGACAGAUGGCUGGGAGAUUUCGACUUCGUCCGGCAGGGUACGCGUCACGCGAAAUGUAGCGCCUUCGCUAUGAAGGACAUGUCGGCCGAGGCCUUGGCGGUUAUGGUCUACAAGGCCGAG